AACAUGCUCUGGGUAGCAUGGGCAGGGAGUCAGCAACCGGCUGUAAAAUAGUAUGUAUUUAGGCGAUUUUGCCAUUUGGAUGAGGACCAAAACCCUCCCCUGGAGGGAAAACGGAGUAAUUGACCUGUGAGCGGGGAGUGGAGAUAUACCUUCGGUUUUUUUCCCCCACAUUCCAAGAAGGAAGGUUUUUCAAAGCAUGCGUCUGAAUUUGGAAUCCCCGGCGAUCUAAUUUUCAAACCCUUCCUCCCCACAACCCUAUGCUUCCAUCUGCCUCGCAUCCAAAGACCCCGACAACUCCUCUUUUCUAUUGAUGGCUUCUUCCCACCUCCUCGCCCACCAUCUCUACCCCUCUUACGCCAAUGGAUUUAAACCCCCAAAACUCUCCAAGAACGGGCCAUGUUACUUCCACCCAAAGACCACCUUCAGGGGAAGCCCGUCAUCUCAUAGAAUCAAGGCUUCUGGCUCAACAUCUGGCAGGAGACAGGUGGAGAUAGUAUAUGAUCCAGAUGAGAGGAUAAACAAAUUGGCGGAUGAGGUGGAUAAGAGCGCAGGCCUCUCAAGGCUCUCUCUCUUUUCACCUUGUAAGGUUAACGUGUUUUUGAGGAUAACUGGGAAGAGGGAAGACGGGUUUCAUGAAUUGGCAUCUCUAUUUCAUGUAAUUAGUUUAGGAGAUACAAUCAAGUUCUCCUUGUCUCCGACUAAGACCAGAGAUCGGCUGUCAACUAAUGUGCCCGGUGUCCCGCUUGAUGACAGGAAUUUGAUCAUCAGAGCACUUAACCUUUACAGAAAGAAAACCGGCACUGAUAACUUCUUCUGGAUUCAUCUUGAUAAAAAGGUUCCAACUGGUGCUGGUCUUGGUGGUGGAAGCAGUAAUGCUGCAACUGCACUAUGGGCUGCCAAUCAAUUUAGUGAUUGUCUUGCUACUGAAAAGGAGCUUCAAGAAUGGUCUGGUGAGAUUGGCUCAGAUGUUCCUUUCUUUUUCUCAAAUGGAGCAGCAUAUUGUACUGGUAGGGGUGAGGUUGUUCAAGAUAUUUCAAAUCCAUUGCCCUCGGACUUACCUAUGGUUCUUAUAAAGCCGCAGGAAGCAUGCUCAACUGCUGAAGUUUAUAAGCGUCUUCGUCUAGACCAAACUAGUUCAGUUGACCCACUGACUUUGCUUAGGGAAAUCACACUGAAUGGAAUAUCUCAAGAUGUUUGUAUAAAUGAUCUAGAGCCUCCUGCAUUUGAAGUUCUGCCAUCUCUCAAAAAGUUGAAAAAACGAGUGCUUGCAGCUGGCCGUGGAGAGUAUAGUGCUGUUUUCAUGUCAGGAAGUGGAAGCACCAUUGUUGGUGUUGGUUUGCCAGAGCCUCCAUCCUUUGUCUAUGAUGAUGAUGAUUACAAGGAUGUGUUUGUAUCAGAGGCUGGCUUCCUUACACGUCAAGAGAACCAGUGGUAUACUGCACCCAGUUCAUCAACAGCUUCUUUUAGCAGAGAUUUAUCCUCUGGAGUUGUAUCUGUUGAAUAGUUACUGAACUUGUGCAGCAUGGUGUGCUAUACCAUACCGAACCAAAUGGUACGAGGCAUAUUAUACCGGUUCGGUACUUCUAUAUGAUAUAGAGGGCAUACUGAUAUUCAGUAUAUCGAACCAGUUCCAUACCAGAUGUACCGAUAUAGUAUAAGAUGACAUUGAUAUGGAGCUCAGUAUCGAUAGCUUACCGAUAUAUAUUAGAGAUGGCUGUCAAGAUGCUUUAGAAAGGAUUACAACAUGAAUUUUUUUAGCCUCA